UGUUAAAUGACAUUAAAUUGUUCUUGAUAUUUUCUCUGGUUCAUGCUGUGAAUAUUGUUUCGAUUUUCCGUGAAAAAAAAAUUAAAAUUGUUUUCCAAACAGUAAAUUUAUACAAAUAUAACACAUUUAUCCGAUUUCAUAUAUAUAUAUAUAUAUACAUACAUUUUUUUUUCUAAUUAUUAUUAAUUAAUUCUUAAAAUAUUUUAGCUCGAUAACAUUAUAUUAUUUAUCAUUGGCAUAUGAUGGGAAAAGAUUAUUACCAAAUACUUGGAGUGUCCAAAAGUGCUUCAGAUGAAGAAAUUAAGAAGGCGUACCGAAAAUUAGCAUUAAAAUAUCAUCCGGACAAGAAUAAAGCGCCAGGAGCCGAAGAGAAAUUCAAGGAAGUAGCAGAAGCAUACGAAGUAUUAAGCGACAAAAAAAAACGAGAUAUAUACGACAAAUAUGGAGAAGAUGGUCUUAAAGGUAGUGCUGCAGGUCAAGGAAACCAGAGUAACAACUAUUCAUACACGUUUCACGGCGACCCAAGAGCCACAUUCGCACAAUUCUUUGGUUCUACUAAUCCGUUUGGCAACCUUUUUGGUAACAGUGGUUCAAUGUUUGAUGACGAAAUGGAUUUCGAUGAUGGUUUCAUUCGGAUGUCUCACGGCGGACACCACGGUGGACCAGGCGGUGCUUUUAGGUCGCAGUCGUUCAAUGUCCACGGCUCACCUAUGGGACGACCCAGAGAAAAAGUACAAGAUGCCGCCAUUGAACACGACCUUUAUGUGUCGCUAGAAGACAUAAUGAGAGGAUGUACGAAAAAAAUGAAAAUCUCUAGAAGAGUAUUACAAGGCGACGGAACUUCCAGAAAAGAAGACAAAGUGUUGACCAUCAAUGUGAAACCAGGAUGGAAGGCUGGUACGAAAAUUACGUUCCAAAAAGAAGGAGACCAAGGAAUGAAUAAAAUACCCGCAGAUAUUGUUUUUAUAAUUAGAGACAAACCUCACCCACUAUACAAACGGGAAGGAAACGAUGUUAGGUAUACUGCGUCAAUAUCUCUAAAACAAGCACUUUGUGGCACAGAAAUAGUAGUUCCUACGUUAACCGACAAAAAAAUUCCCCUGAACCUAAAAUCAGAAGUAAUAAAACCAACAACGGUAAAACGGUUACAAGGCCACGGUCUUCCGUUUCCCAAAGAACCAUCGCGCCGAGGUGACCUGUUAAUAUCGUUUGACAUUAAAUUUCCAGAAUCGCUCUCUACCUCAAUCAGAGAUAUAUUGUACGAUACUCUACCAUGAACGAUCGCUCACUCGUACGUUCGCCAUCUGCUGUCUUGCUUGAAUUUGAUGUAAUGAAAAUAAAGAUAUAUGUAAAUAUAUAUUUAUGUAUACACACAUAUAUACGUAUAAAAUAUAUGUGUGUGUAUGUAUAUCAUUUUUUGUAUAA